GCAUUGGAUCAAGGAGGAGUCAGGGAUUGGAAUCAUUCGCUUCGUUUCUCAUUUGUUCGUUUCGUUUGCAUGGACACUGCUAGGUAUUGCUGAAGUUCUGACGGCUGUUUUGUUUCUUUGCGUAUCGUUGUCUUGUCUGUAUCGUUUGUAUAGGGUGGUGAUCAUUUUCCGAAGUGUUUUUCAGAGUUGUCAAGUAACGUAUUCUCUGGUAUUUGGCGUGGCGAAGAUAAAUAAUCCCAGUGCAGUAGCAUGGAAAAGAGUGAAUUAUUACAUGAAAAGGAAAAUGACAGUGUCACAAGUGGAGACCAAAGACGCCGCUAUCUGAAAAAUUUAACUAGGACCGAAUUAACAGCAUUGAAAAAGGAAGUUCGUGCGAAAAUAGCACGCAGUGAUGCUUCUUUGACACAGCUUGAUAAAGGUUUUGAAGAUUUAAAAGUUUGCGUAGUCAGAAUGGCUAACGUGAUCGAAGAGUGUCAAAAUCUAGUUAAAGCUGAAAGGCAAGAAAGCAGAGAUUUACGUCAUAUAUUGCGAGAUACUACUUGCUCAGGCUCUUGCAAGACAAAUGUAGUCAUUCCAAUGGUAGCUGGCAUUCCACUCAAAAAAGCUCGAAUUUCACUGAAGCGGCUGGGACCAUCUUAUUCACCUUAUUACACCAGAGGAACUUCUGCUACUGCAACCAGCACGUCAAAUGAUUCUUCUGACAGACCUACAUCUACAUCAAAUGAUGAAGAUACAAAUGGAUCAGAUGCUGGUCCAUCAUCAUCAAGAGCUCAUACCAGACUGUAGGUUGCUGGUUUCUUUUCGGUAAUGCUGGUUUAGAUAAAUGUUCCGUAUAAAAAUUUGGUUUAUCCACUCUUUGCCAAGGGAGUAACAAGAAGUCAUAUUUUCUAUUAAUAUCAUAGCUUUUAAAGUGAUUGUGUUGUUAUUUCCAUACAGAUUUCUCUUAAAUGUCAAAGAAAGGUGUUAAACCGGUUUUUAUGUAUAUUUCUGUGCAAUUUUUUGUUCUCUAAAGUAUUACCGAAUCCCAUUCUCCGUAAUAGUAUGAAUUGCUCUGGUAACUUGGAUCAAAAUUAACGAAGUGUGUUUGCUUAAAACUAUUCGCUUCAGGUUAUAUGUAAAUUACUUUUUUGUGCAAUUGUGAUCUACAAUUAAAUCAAACUAUGUGGAGAAAAUUUGUUAUAUGAGAAAAAAAUGAGUUUUGGAGUGUGAGCUCUCUUGAAUGAUGCUAUGAAAAAAAAACUCUCUUGCCAAAGGAAUUAAAUCUAAAUGUUUUUGAACAUUACACCUGUCAGAUAUUUAAAUGUAUGUUUGGAAAUAUUUGCUUUGUUCUUUCUAAGAAAACAAUUUUUUCAGAAAAUUGUCUUUUCAACAGCUGCUGUAUGGAACAAUAUUAAUUAGUGAAACUUACCCCAAAAGUUUCAAGCAAACAAGCUUCGUUGUACAGUAUUGGAUUAUAUUAUUGAAGUUUGUUCAUAUCCAGAACAUAUUUCAAUAAAGUUUCUUCCUUUUUUCGUGUUUAUUGUUAAUAUUAACUUUAUUCUCCAUUGAGAAUUUUUGUUGGAUAAAUUAAUUUUUACUCAAUUUUUCUAUACAUGUUAAUUAAUUCAAAUAGUUAAUUCUGAUGUAGUAGUUCACUCUGGUUGAAGUGGAUGAUAUUUAGAACAAAUGCAUAUAAUUUGUGUUAAUAUUGUGAAUGCAUAUAGUUUGUGUUAACAUUGUAUACAUUCUUUUUCUGUGUUUGAAAAGAAUGUGAUUGAUUUAUCAUCUUUCCACCUAAACUUUCCAAGUUACAGUACCAAUCAUAUGACUGUCUAGUCGAGAAGGACAUGAAUCUUGAUACAGUUGAAUAAUUUUGACCAUGUGGAGAAAUUAAAUAAAAACCCUUGAAACUGCAUUAUUUGUAUCAUUAAAUGCACAUGAAUACAGUUGUACUAAAUGUUAUAAGUGUAAUAAAGAUGUGAAUUAAUGUUCAAGCAGCUCUUUUGCAAUAUACUGACAGAAAAUAGGAGGAGAAAUGUGAAAUGGCAGUAUGUUUGAAACCCUUAUUUAUGAAUAAAAACAGUAAGAUUGAUAAAAUUCUAGACACAAUAAUCUGUGUGAAUUAAUUGUAAAGCUUUAUAUGUUGAUAUACAAUAUUAGGUAAUUGAACUUGUAUUUCUGUGACAAGAUGUUAGCCAGUAGGGAAGGUAAUGUGAUAAGUUUCAGGAUGAGCAAUAUUUGUGAAAUGGUAUUUGAAGGAUGAACAAGUCUUACAGUGACAUCAUUACCUGGGAAUUGUGGUCUGGAGAUGUGUAAUACUGCAGGUUAAUGUUGAAGCAUCUCCAGCAGCAAAUGACAUUAAGGAGCUUCCUUUUAGACGUGCGAAAAGGUGGGAGUGUGAAGGAGUACGACCUGAUCUAUGAUGUGGAUGAUGAAGGACCUCUCACAGAAAUAGUGCAAUUACUGCACUUGCUGGUUGGAAUGCUGUGCUGCAGAUCUGAACUAAAAGUGCAGAUGGAGAGAUGGGAUUAUUCUGUGAAAUGGUUAUCAUUAGAUAAUUGAGCGCAGGAUAAAUUAUUUUUAACACAAAGGAAAGGUGCUGUUAUUGUUGAUUAUCAGAAUGCAAUGUUAUAAUGUUUGCUGAAAUCGUGGAAUGAGUUUUGGUUUGUUGAAUUCAUGAAAUGCCUACUGGCUUUUGUAAUUACUGUGUAAAUGUGUUACAAUAUAUAUUAAUGAUAUUUCCAUUGAAUUUGUAUUUAUUUGUUGGCUAUUUGAGAAGUAUUCAUGAAUGUCAGUUCACAUAAUAUUUUGCUUGAGCACUUGUUUUGUUUAUCUCAUAGUUUUUGAAAACUAUAUGCUUCUUUGUUAGAAUAUAAUGCACUCUAUUUAUUUGUGUACGUACAUGUUUGUUUCAUUUUCAUCUGCAUUAACCUCUUGCACAGUACCUUAAAGAAUCAUUGUACUUUCUGAAGGUUUCAUAAGUGGAUGGAGCUGAUAUUUUGUUUGUAACCAAACUCACGUUAGCUCGUGUGGGGCCUCUAAAUUGGAGCUCUUUGUGAUUUUACAGUAUUUAGCUUCUGUUCUCAUUAUUGUAAAUUUUACGUACAUAGCUGCUGAGAAAGAAUUAUUGCUCACGGUGUCCAAAAUGUAAAACAUAAUAAAAAAUAGUAAGCUGAUAAUACAAUUGAAGUGUCUGGAAAUGUAAUGUUUAUUCAUAUACCUCUUGUAGCAGGGGUGAAUAGAAAAUUCUACUAUUGGUAGUUGCUACUGGAUGAUUUGUUAUCUGCAGAUCAGAUCCCAUCCCAGAUCAUAUCUCCCUUUUUUUUGUAUUCAAAUUUUAUAUACACACUAAAUUCAGAUAAAAUUCCAAUUGCUGUCCUUGUUUGGGAUCUGCUCUGAAAGCAAGAAGCUCCCAGAAAUUCAAAUCCAAAAUACUUCUGGAAAGCAAACAAACGAGUAUUAGGUGUACCUGAAGUUCAUUAAUGUAAAUCGGUGUAUUAAUGAUUUUUUGCCCAAACAAUUUUAUUUUGGCUGGUUGUGGCUUUUGAAUUGAGAGCAAGAGACAUAGAUCAUUUCCUUACUUAAAACAAAGUGAGAUGUUAGUAUUUCUUAUAAUAAGUAGUUAUUGGAAUAUAAAAGUGUCUCAGAGUUUUAGUGAAACGUUAGUUCCCCAGGAUAUUGAUUUUUUUUUUUGUACCUGGACAUUUGUUUUUAUUUUGUUUUGUUUUACAAGUCAUAAUGCAUAUUUUUGUGUGUAACUUCAGUGAAGCCUGUUUUAAGCAGCCACUAUUUGUUCAGGAGAAAAAUAGCUCUUAGUACUGGUGACUGCUUGAUCGAGGUUUUGUUAAUGUGGGAAGCAAACUAAUUUUGCUAUUUGUCAUGUAUUUAAAUGUACUUAGUUUGUUAACUUCUUUUUAAUUAAACUUAAUCUACAAACAUCUGAAGGUUUGUGCAUGUGCAAUUGUAAUAACUCAUUAACAAGAAUCCUUCAUUUUUGCAAUAUUUUUUCUCGCACAAAUGUGUAGGUUUUCCAUUUGUAGAUUUAAAUCCCAACUAUGCUUAAGUUGCAAUUCACAUCCUGGAGAAAUUUUAGAACUUGCAUAAAAAUUAUUUUUCGCUAUCUGGCUGAAAAUUAAUUUCUACAUGGAGAAAAGCAACCUGAAUUUUACUGUUCUUGGUAAUCUAACUGAAAGGUGCCUGUGCACAGGAGGGUACUGAAUCAACAGUGUUAUUUGCCAGUCUUUAACUACAUAUAGUGUUGUGCCUGAACAUUGCAAAAUCAUGUUGUGACUAUCUAAUACACUUUAAUGUACAAGAUGUGCAUGACUGUUGAUUACAAAUCCAGGUGGCCAUUUAAGAGGGAAUAUUUACAAGAGUCUUAAGGGAAAAUCAAUUUGUACCACAAACAACAAAAAAAAUUAAAAAAGGGGUUCAUUGUAACGGUAAAAAAGGGCUGUUGCAACGGGUUUCAUUGUACAAUUUAUUUCAUAUUUAAUUUUUAUACAGGUAUAUUCACCUACAAAUUAGAUUAAUAAAAUGAACACAUUAAAAAUUAUUACAUUAUUUUUACACGUUUCAAACUAUUACAAAUUAGUGGAUGAAACAAAAUCUCAGGAACUUGCAUGUUUUUAUUCAUACUGUUGCAAAUUGACAGUAUUGCUUUAAGAUAAAACCAGACACAAUUUGAUCUUUAUUAUUGUGAGUAAGGGCCAAAAAAUUGUAAUAAUUCAG